GAGUUGUCGUCGUUAUGACGUCAUCACCACGCGACGUUGUUGGUGCUGCGCAGUUGCUUGUUUGGAAUUUUCCACCAGACUAACCCUUAGAAACUUAGUGCCUGUGUGUGUGAUAGUUUGUAUCGAAACUAUUGGAGAGUGGGGACACAAGAAGAAGUCUGAGCCGCCCGGAUCGCUCCUCAAUUGUGCCGUCCGAGCCUGCGGUGGGAGCGCGUUUGUUUGCUUGGGUCCUGCCGAUGGAGUACACAAGAGGUCCAGUCGAAGGCUCUCAGCUGGCAGCCAGCAACGUCCCGGCCUUCCUUACCAAACUGUCGACUUUGCUGGAAGACCCCGACACAGACCCGCUCAUCUGCUGGAGCCCGAGUGGAACAAGUUUCCAUGUCUACGAUCAAGGUUACUUCUCCAAAGAGGUCCUCCCAAAGUUCUUCAAACACAACAACAUGGCCAGCUUUAUUCGACAGCUCAACAUGUAUGGCUUCCGCAAGGUAGUCCACAUGGAGCAGGGCGGGCUGCUGAAACCAGAGAAAGACGACACAGAAUUUCAACACCCGUUCUUCGUCAGAGGCCAAGAGCACCUGCUGGAGAACAUCAAACGCAAAGUCACCAAUGUGUCUUCGGUGCGUCAGGAGGACAGCAAGAUCCCAUCUCAUGAGGUCAGCAGACUGCUGAACGACGUGCAGGUGAUGAAGGGAAAGCAGGAGACCAUCGACUCCAAAAUCAACGCCAUGAAACAUGAGAAUGAGGCUUUAUGGAGGGAGGUUGUGUGUCUGAGGCAGAAACACGCUCAACAGCAGAAAAUGGUCAACAAGUUGAUCCAGUUCCUGGUGUCACUGGUCCAGUCCAACAGGAUCAUGGGAGUCAAGAGAAAACUCCCGCUGAUGCUCAAUGACUCAAGCUCCGCCCACUCCGUGCCCAAAUACGCGCGAUCGUUUUCCUUGGAGCCCGUGCAGGCCGCACCCACCGUGUUCCAGGCGGAAUCCUCCGUCAGCUCCGGACCGAUCAUCUCUGAUGUUACGGAGUUGGCCACGCCCCCCGCAGAGGAGGCCGUCACUGGUUGGACGCAAGUGGGAAAGAUGACAAACGUCAAGGAGGAGGAGCUUGUCGCGCCUGACAUGGGGGAGGGGCUUACAUCUGGAGACACGCCCCUUUCUCCCACCACCUUCAUCAACUCUAUCCUGCAGGACAAUGACGCACCUGACACUAGCACCACAACUGCCCUCAGGCAUCACCCAGCCGCCACCAACACGGACCCAGCUCAGAUGUGUCAGACAGUUGUAUGUAUUGACAAGUCUGAAUUGUCAGAUCACAUUGAGACAAUUGACAACAGUCUAGAAAACCUGCAGACCAUCCUGAACAACCAAACCUUCACCUUUGACACAUCACCGCUCAUGGAGUUCUUCAGCCCAUCAUGUCCUCCAGGUGACUUUGACAUCAGCGCUCUGGACACCCUUCUCUGUGACAACUUCCCCAAAGGAGCUGAUGAAAGCGACAAUACCGGAAAGCAGCUGGUGCAGUACACACCCAUUCCGAUUUGUGAGCCAAUCGGUGUGGAGGGGGGUGCGACCGACCUGCCGUCGCUUCUGGAGUUGGAGGCGGAGCCUUUCCUCAACCCAGACCUGAGCGCCAACAUGAAGUCUGACCUCUGACACGUUGAAGGAGGGACUCCAGGAUGACAAUCAGGCCGCUGUGGGCGGGGCCUAAAGGCAACUGAAGGAGCAUGCCGAUUGGGUGGCGCACUGGAAGAGGCGGCGGGAGAAGUGAACUUGAUGCUUGCGCUGGAAGUCAGCAGGUGUCCUCCAGUUCCAUGUUCUCUGCAGCUGUAUGCACAAACGCACGCGAGGCAUCAGGGGACUUUUGGGAUAAGGUGUGGUUGUCACGGCAACUGAUGCGAGCGCUGCUCGAAUGACUCACGAGCACAAAGACGGUCUCACCUUCAGGACCCUGACCCCAAGACCUGUACUGUUCAGUGACGGAACCUGUGGAGUACAAGCCAUGCCGGCAGUGUGCAAGGCACAAUUAUCAUCAUUUUUAUGACAUCAUUACGAUUGUGGUGAAGCUUCUGUGUGUUGACGUGAAAAAGACUCACCAGCCUUGUGGGGUUCUUUAGAUGGCUGCCCGCCACCUGCACAACACAAACGCCAAGUCACAUGAUGUCAUCAGAUGAUUUCAUCACAUGAGGUUGUCACAUGACAUCAGUGCGACUAGGCAAGUCCAAAGCUGUUCCCGUCCCUCCCUUUCCACUACAGAGUGGCCUAUUUACGAAGUUGACUGUUCUGGUGUGCUGUUGAAAUGUGUGUUGAGUGCCCUCGAUGUAUCCCACAAUGCAGCUUGAAUCCCUUUGUAGUGAUUCAGCUUCGUUUGCAAUCAUUCACUCAGGCUACAAAGGUAUUUUUAUAUACCGUGGACCCCCGCUAUUGGCGGCAGAUAGGGACCAGGCUGGACUGAGAAAAGUUGAUGCCCAUUAGAAUUGCAUUGAAAAAAAUAAAUACAUUUUUUAACCCUAAAACUUCAAUAAGUGGGCAUAAAUCGUCAUCGUCAAGUGUUUUUGGGAUUGUUUUUUAAGUUUAAAUGGGACUGGAGUCCAACUAAUAAGUGUAAAACUCACGGGAGUCCACGGGCGUUCCUGCUGGCUCUGAAAAGACUUCCAUAGAAACGCACACACAGUGUUUGACGGCCCCUUUCGAUAAAUUUACAUCAAUACUCAGUGAGCGGCAGCGGCUUACCUGAGGCCGUUGCCAUGGUCAAGGCAUCAGUGCGCCACCUCAGCCGUGCCUGUGACAAGAGUGACAGUGAAAGAAGCGCAACGGUAGCUGCAGACGCGCAUCGGCGUCACGAUGGGUGAGAGGGCCCCCGCGUACACGUACCCGACUGUGGCGUGUGCGUGAAGGCGACCCCUGCUGGCUCAGUGUGCACGAGCAUGGACGACUCUGUAAGUGCCGUCACGUGACAUGGUGAACAACAUGGCCGCCCGGCAAAAGUACAGUGAGUUGAAUUCACCCUGUGACCACUGACCACACAACUCAAAACACUCAUAUUGCAAAUCAUCGAAUGGAAAUGCCUCUUAAGCGUAAACAAAUUGAACAAAAGGAAAAAAAAAGAUGUUGUAGACCUAGUGGAAAUGCAAUUAAUGUUCCAUCCUCCCCCCACAAAACUACAGAAAUGUUUGUCAUUUGUUUUUAAUAAGGAAACUAGCACUCUAUAGUAUAGUACUUUAUAAUGACAAAUAUAUAGUAAUCUAAAUAAGAAGGUAAAGAAUGAAACUGUACAUCUUGAUGAAUUCAUUGGGGCUCCGUAAGUCUGUGAUUUACCUGCCAGGGUGUAAUAUAAUACAGUCGCAGACCAAACAAGAGUUUCACAGCUACUGUAAAUGACUCAGCAAGCUGCAGUAAUAUUUUUUGAAUAUAUGUGAGUGUUGUAAUAUUGUCUGUCUACAUGUAUUGCGCCACUAUUUGUGUUCAAAUAUCCUUGGCUUAAAGGGUUAGAAUAACUCCACUAUCGAUGCCAUUAGUUCGCUGGUCUAUGGUGUUUUCUAUUAUGUGUUAGCAUUAAGCUAGUGGGGGUAUUGCGAAGGCAAAGUUGCUUAGUUAUUUUUAAAUCCACAAGGUGUAAUAACCUUUAAAGUGUUUUUUGAUGGUAAACUUCGUGCCAGUGUAAAUAAUCUACAACCCCAAUUCCAAUGAAGUUGGGACGUUGUGUUAAACAUCAAUAAAAACAGAAUUCAAUAAUUUGC